AUGGGCUCGUGCUUUUCGACGAACAAGACGUUCCAGGGCGAAGGAAGGACGCUCAACGAGCCGCGGCGGCCAGCCGCUGUAACGGCCUCCUCUACGUCUGCUCCGGGCGGUGGUGGAAGGAGACUGGGUGGAGCGAGUGCGACGUCUGCGGCCCCACCGACGGGUGCUGCGACAACAGACGCGGAAAGAGAAGCAAGAGCCAAAGCUGCCGAGCGCAGGAUGAAUCAACAGGCGGCCAAGGGUACUCCGGGUCAAGGAAAGCUCAGCAAGCAGCUGCAGACGCAGAAGCAAGCCAAUCCACACUCGCUUGCCGACCGAGACGAUCAACCAGAACGAGUCGUUUGGGACUAG